AUGUCAGGUCCAGAUGUCACUGGUGAUAAAUAUACUGAGACACUGCAAAAGGCAAAAGCAGCCAUCAAUCUCAAAGAGUUGGGCAUUGAGAAUACAAAGGUUAAACCUGCAUUUACAGGAGCAAUAAUAAUUCAAAUUCCGGGCGAACAAGCAAAUGAUAAGGCAGAUACUCUCGCGAACAAAUUAAGGGAGGUUUUCGAGGGGGAAGAGGUCAAAAUUGGACGACCUAUGCAAAAAAUAGAUCUAAGAAUCUCCGAUCCUGAAGAUGCCACAAUGCCAGAAGAAGUUGUACAAAUAAUUGCAAAAAAGGGUGGCUGUCAUGUAGAUGACAUACGACACAACCCUAUUAGACGAUACAAACGGGACAUGGGUGCGAUAUGGCUCCAAGUUCCUGCUCUGGCUGCUGUUAAAGCUGCAGAAGAGGGAAGAAUAAAUAUCGAUUGGACAAUAGCACGAAUAGAGGUACUACAAAAAAGACCAAUACAGUGUUACAGAUGUCUAGCUAGAGGACAUACCAGCAACAGAUGUCCUCCAAAUAACGUGGAUCGAUCUUCACAUUGUUACAACUGUGGAGAAGCAGACCAUAAGGUAGGAACAUGUAUGAAAAAAGCAUGCUGCCCAAUCUGUAAGGGCAGAGGACUAAAAGACGAUCAUAGAGCGGGUAGCACUGAAUGCCCGCCAUGUCCCCCUAUUAAGGGUAGAUCUAGUACACCUGUCUCAAAUACGAGACAGGUAACAAGUAUGGAGAUAGAGGACACCGAUAUACAAUAA